GGACCCGCCGUUGUUUGUUUGUUUGUUUGUUUGUUUACAGUCUGUUUGGAGACAUGUGGGCGCGAGCCGUGCUGUGCGCGGCACUGCUGUCCGCGCUGUGUCCGCGCGGCUGGACGGAAGCCGAGAGGGAGCCGAGAGACGUUCAGGAGCCGCGGUACAACCCGAACAGACUGCUCGGGGCGCUGCACGAGGUCCUGGAGAAGCUGCAGACGAAGAGGAUCAACCCCUGGGAGAAGAAGUACGGCCAGGUUCCCUCUUGUGACCUGGGCGAGCACUGCGCCGUCAGGAAAGGAUCUCGCAUCGGGAAGAUGUGCGACUGUCCCCAGGGAGCGUUCUGCAACUUCUUCCUGCUGAAGUGCUUAUGAGCC